AUGCCGAUUCCCACACGCUCGGCCUCCCUGCGCGAGCCUCGAAAGGUUGGUUCCCAGGGGACAUACCACAGCAUUCCAGAUACUGUAGCUAACCUGCUCCAGCCCUCCAGCAUUGCUCGCCCCGCGUCCUCUGGAUUGAAGGCACCUACCCGUCCAACGACCGCAACCACCUCCACAUCAACAUCAACCGAUGGCAGUUCCAGCUCCACCAAAGAACCUAAUGUAUCCAAUCGUGGUCGUACCCUUCUCCCCCAGCGCAGCAACACCGGUCAAGACGAUGUGAGCGGUGCACAGCCUCGAUUCCCGCCCGGCGAGAGCAGGCUACUGCCUCGAGGGGAGACCUCACCCAGGAGGCAGCAGCAGGCUAGCUCAGAGGGACAAGGACAAAGCCAAGCCCCCUCGUCUAAACCCCCAGCUACAGCUACAACCACAACCACAACUGCCGCGACAGCCAACACCGCUGCUACCGGUGCGCCUACCCGUCGCCAAAGUCUGAUGCGCCCAGGAACAUUGAAGAUAUCGUCAACUCGCAGCAAUGUUUCAGCACAAGUACCAUCCAAAGCUUCAGCGUCUACGCCAACCUUCAGACCGCCAUCCCCACGCAAACCCCCGAUGCGCUCGCCGCAGUCCUCCGCCCCGAGACCCCCGUCUCCCAAAAAGACCGAGAUGCCUCCCCCGCCUCGUCCAGCCCGAUCCGCCUCCCUAAGACAACCAGCGAAUACAGGAGCCCCCGUCUCCUCUGCAGCGCGAGGUCAUGCCCGUCAUCGCAGUCAAAUGGUAGCAUCGAGUACCAAGCCGAUCCAAUCCGAAGCGGCACACAAACCGCAACCGCGGGCUGGCUUUUCCACAUACCAGCAACACUAUUCUCCAAAGAAACCUACCACUAAGCCUCCCACGCCCACACCAGGGGAUACAUCUAGCUCAGCGGGUCUUCUCAUUCCUACAUCAUGGCCCGAUAUCUCAGCUUUGCAAACCGAGUUACUCCAACUUAGUCUUUUCCAUUCUAGUUCACUCGAUAGACACGCUGAAUGGAAAUCGGAGUCUGAAUCACAGCUUCGGAAGAAAUAUGAUGCUGUUGCAAGUCAAUAUAGUUCUACUCUGGGCGAUGAAAAGAUGCGCCAGCAGCAUAUGAAUGUGCAAGCAUUGAAUCAGUGGGCAGAAUUCUCUCGUGAACACAAUGGACCGCACGGACUCUCAGAUCAAGUCCAGAGCUUAUCGCAAAUUCUACAAGAAGUUUCAGACCUGCUAAGUGGUGAAAUGGGAGGAAAGUAUGCACAUGCCGUCGGGGUAUUUGAGAACUGGUUCCACCAGGCAGAAGAUAUCCGAUACCGGAGUGAGACAAGUAGGGUUCUCGACAGGAUUGAAUUUAUCGAUCCCCUAGAUCAGAGCUGGAAGGAGGAGGUCCAAGGCUUGCAGGCCAAGCUGGAUCUGUGCUCUCGACGAUUAGAGGCUCUAGAUCUCGUGGGGCUUGGUGAGAGUGAGCAAUUGGGACGGUCGGCUUUUAGCCGUGUGGUUCGGGGGUUGACAGAGUCACUGCAACUGAUGACCCAGGAACUUCGUGCAAUGCGUACGGCCGAGUUGGAAAUGAUCAGUUCGGAAAGAGAAACUGUUUCUCGAAUGGCGACUCAAAUGACGAGUUUUCCUUUGGAGAAAAGCUCCGGUCGCGUGGGGAUUUGGAAGACAUGA